GGUGUCUGCUGGGCCGGGCCAGCUGUUAAUCCUCCAGGCGGAUACCGGGGCGGGGUGGGGGGGAGAGGUGGGGCAUAUAGGUGGCGUCCGUCGGUGAGAAACACCUAGCACAGGUAAAAGGGUGGCGGCGAGAGGGAGUUUCCACCUGUUAACGUUCUUCCAGAAAUGAAGACUUAAGAAAAUACCAAGGAGGGGCCGAUCGGUGACUCUCGGACGCGCCUGGAGCCCCACCCUCGGUCAGGGGAAAAGCCCCUGGGGUGAGAGGCAGGAGCUUCAGAAAAACCGAGAAGAAAAGCUGCUCCCUUCGCGCGCCACGUCCUCUGCCUCGCACUCCUGCGCGGCCGGCCCAGCCUGCGCCCGGGCCGAGGUCUUAUCGCCGCCGUGCCCUCCCAACCCGGCCUCCGGGUGCCUCGGCCGGUGACCUGCCUCCGAGUCCUCCCAUGGCGGCAGCCCAACCCACAGGCUCCCCGAGCGGAGCCCUCUGCCGGCAAUUCCUGCUGGUCCUCGCGAUCUUAACAUUUGCCUGUGAUGCCUGCAAAACAGUGACACUACAUGUUCCCUCCAAACUAGAUGCUGAAAAAUUUAUUGGUAGAGUUAACCUGAAGGAGUGCUUUAAAUCUGCAAAUCUAAUUCAUUCAAGUGAUCCUGAUUUCCAGAUUUUACAAGAUGGUUCAGUCUAUACAACAAAUGCCAUUCUUUUGUCCUCAGCGAAGAGAUCUUUUACCAUAUUACUUUCUAACACAGAGAGCCAAGAAGAGAAGAAAAUACUUGUCCUUUUAGAGCAUCAAACAAAGGUACUAAAGGAAAAGCAUUCUCCAGAAAAAGUUCUAAUACGUGCCAAGAGAAGAUGGGCUCCUAUUCCUUGUUCAGUGCCUGAGAAUUCCUUGGGUCCUUUCCCACUUUUUCUUCAACAGAUUCAAUCUGAUACAGCACAAAACUACACUAUUUACUAUUCCAUAAGUGGGCCUGGAGUUGACAAAGAACCUCGAAAUUUAUUUUAUGUAGAGAGAGAUACUGGAAACCUGUUUUGUACUCGUCCUAUAGAUCGUGAAAUAUAUGCAUCUUUUGAGUUAGUUGCCUUUGCAACAACUCCAGAUGGAUAUACUCCAGAAUACCCACUGACUCUAUUAAUCAGAAUUGAGGAUGAAAAUGAUAACUACCCAAUUUUUACAGAAACCACUUACAUGUUUAAAGUUUCUGAAAAUUGCAGAGUUGGUACGACUGUGGGACAGGUUUGUGCAACUGACAAAGAUGAGCCUGACACACUGCACACGCGUCUCAGGUAUUCUAUCAUCGAGCAGUUUCCAGCAUCACCCAUCCUCUUUUCCAUGCAUCCAACUACAGGCGUGAUCACCACAACAUCAUCUCAGCUAGACAGAGAGCUAAUUAAUAAAUACCAAUUGAAAAUAAAAGUACAAGACAUGGAUGGUCAGUAUUUUGGUUUGCAGACAACUGCAGCUUGCGUCAUUAAUAUUGAAGAUGCGAAUGACCACUUGCCAACAUUUACCCGUUCUUCUUAUGUGACAUCAGUGGAAGAAAAUAGGAUUGAUGUGGAAAUUCUACGUGUUGCCGUUGAGGAUAAGGAUUUAAUUUAUACUGCUAAUUGGAGAGCUAAUUAUACCAUUUUAAAGGGCAAUGAAAAUGGAAACUUUAAAAUUGUAACAGAUACCGAAACCAAUGAAGGAGUUCUGUGUGUGGUUAAGGCACUGAAUUAUGAAGAAAAACAACAGGUGAUCCUGCAAAUCGGUGUAGUUAAUGAAGCUCUGUAUUCUGGUAGUUCAAGGUCAGCCAUGAACACGGCAACAGUCACUGUUAAUGUCCAGAAUCAGGAUGAAGGCCCUGAGUGUAUCCCUGCAGUGCAAAUUGUUCGAAUUAAAGAAAAUGUACCCAGGGGAACAAAGGUCAAUGGAUAUAAAGCAUAUGACCCGGAAAUAGGAAGAAGCAAUGGCAUAAGGUAUAAGAAAUUAAAUGAUCCAGAAGGAUGGGUCACUGUUGAUGAAAACUCAGGAUCAAUCACAACUUUCAGAACCCUGGAUAGAGAGGCAGAGACCGUCCGAAAUGGGGUCUAUAAUAUUACAGUCCUUGCCUCAGACAAAGAUGGGAGAACAUGUACUGGGACACUAGGGAUUAUGCUUGAAGACGUGAACGAUAACGGCCCAUCUAUACCUCAGCGGACAGUGAUCAUCUGUAAAACUGUCAUGUCAUCGGCGGAGAUCGUGGCUGUAGACCCCGAUGAACCCAUAAACGGCCCACCCUUUGACUUCAGUUUGGAUGCUGUUUCUGGUUCAGAAGUACUCAGAACGUGGAGACUGACAAAAAUUAACGAUACAGCAGCACGUCUUUCCUAUCUGAAUGACCCCCAGUUCGGACGAUAUACAGUACCUAUCAGAGUUACAGAUAGACUUGGCAUGUCGGUUGUCACUGAAUUAAACGUGAUAUUAUGUGACUGUGUUACCACAAAUGACUGCACCAUUCGCUCAGGUUCGACUGGCAGCAGAGGAGUGGUACUCGGAAAGUGGGCCAUCCUUGCGAUAUUGUUGGGCAUAGCGUUGCUAUUUUGUAUCCUGCUUACCUUAAUCUGUGGGGCUACUGGGGCAGCCAAAAAGCCAAAAGUAUUUCCUGAUGAUUUAGCCCAGCAGAACCUCAUUGUGUCAAACACUGAAGCUCCCGGAGAUGACAAAGUGUAUUCCACGAAUGGCUUCACAACCCAUACUCUGGGCAGUUCUGCUCAGGGAGUUUGUGGCACCCUGGGAUCAGGAGUGAAAAAUGGAGGGCAGGAGACCAUUGAAAUGGUGAAAGGAGGGCAGACGGAGUCCUGUCGGGAGGCCGGGCAUCAUCACACCCUGGAAGUGUGUAAGGGAGGUGGACAGCACACCCUGGAUUCCUGCAGAGGAGGACAAGUAGACAUGGACAACUGCAGAUACACGUGCUCUGAGUGGUACACUUACACUCAGCCCCGCCUUGGUGAAAAGGUCCAGCAGUGUAAUCAGGAUGGCAAUCAUAUGCACGCUCAAGACUACGUCCUGACGUAUAACUAUGAAGGGAAAGGAUCGGCGGCUGGUUCUGUGGGAUGUUGCAGUGAACGACAAGAAGAAGAUGGGCUUGAAUUUUUGGAUCAUUUGGAACCCAAAUUUAGGACACUAGCAGAAACAUGCAUGAAGAGAUGAGUGCGUUCCAUUUAGUCUACAAAAAGCCAGUGGCUUUGUCUUUUUUUUAAUUAUUAUUAUUACAAGUCAGGAUUUUUUUAAAAAAUAGAAGAUGCUGUGUUUGGGGCUUUUCCCCUUUGCUUUGUUGGGAUCUCUUUAGCCCAAUGUGCAUUUACUGAGGGAUGCUGUAAAUAACUACACAAAUUUCUUGAUUUUUACAUAGUUGUUAAUUACUUGUCUCCCAUCUAAGGAUACCUGCAGAUAGACCAGUUAAGAAAGUCUGCAUUAUUGUUUACAUUUGGGUAUAGUGACAGCAGCCAAUGUAUAGUGCAAUAAAAUUUAAUUAAUUCAAGUCUAUAGCAUAGACUACUUGAAGUAUAUCUGAAUGGAAAAUUGUAGAGAUCUUGCUCUAACGUUAUCUUCGGUUACCUAAGUAAUUGUGUGGUGCUUGAAGACUGCUGUUCUCUUAAACAUUCUAAAGUGUGUAUGCUCAUUCUUGAUACUGUUUUAUCUUGUAUCAUGACCUUUCUUCAUAAAGCAAAGGGAGAUUCCCAACCAAGCGUUGACUGUUAUUAUAAUUCCAUUUUGGAGGAGUUUCAUUUCUGUGUUGUAUUCUCUGUGAAACCUGGCACUGAAUCUACGUUUCCUCUGUUGUCCACCUUCUCUGCAAAAUUUAAAUUUAAAAAUUGCUUAAGAAUGUAUUUUUACUCCUGCAAGGUUUUGGUCUUUGGUCUCCCCCGCCCUACUCCCCGCCAUCCCCUCUGUCUCUGUCUCUCACCCUUUCUCUUCCCUCUUUCCCCCACUCCCUCUCUUUUUCCCUCUAUCUCUCUCUUUCUCUUCUUUUUGUUCUUAAAAUUCCUAUUUGGGUUGGAGAAUCUAAAUGUGUUUAAACGCCAUUUCUCUUUUUCUCUCUUAUAAAGUGGCUUAUUCUGUUUUUCUGUUUUAUGUAAGCAUCUUUACUCUUGGCUUUCUUAAAAUCAAUAUAAUGUUGAUUUUAUUGUUUCAGCUAUUUUAGUGAUAGCUUCGUUAUCUCCUCAAUAAGACCCUUUAAUUUUGCCAUUGAACUGUAGAAGUAUGUCAUGCUUUUACUAAAUGCAACAUUUUAUGUUAACGAAAGGAAUAGUGUAAUUAAAAUUGGGAUGUGGACGUUUAGUAUAUAAUAUUAUAUUUACAGGUCAUUAUUACAAGGAUACAGUUUAUAAAUGCAAAAUAGAGAUGGUUUUUGAAGUAAACUUUGAAAUACAGGGAUCAUGAAAGCUCUCUAGGAAUAACUUUUAUAGUCUUUUAGAUGAGAUGGCUAGUUACAGCUAUGUGUUUGUAAAGUUUUCUUUUAAUAUUUUAAGAUUACAGUUUUUAACAAAUGUAGAAGUGGUCUGAACUAUUAAAUUUUGAAAUAAUAAGACAAAAUUAAACUUAGUAGCCAACCAAAUUCCAGGCUGUGUUUCACACCUGAUUUCAGUCAGUGAAUUUUCUAUCCAUAUUAACCAUGUGCACAUUUUCAAUCUAUUUCUGAUAUUUAGGAUUGUUGAUGAUAUGCCUAUUUUGAAUUCACAAGAUUGGUUUAUAAUAAUUAUUUUUAAAAAUUAACAUUGGGUAAUUUAUUCAAUAAUCAGUUUAUCUUUCCAAUAGUUUCAUUACUACUCAGUCAAAAAUGCUAUUUCUCAAAGUUAUUUUUAAUAAAAUUUUGUGUAAAAUUCUUGUAUAUUACUAGUCAUGAUAGAGUAAAUCAAGCAGUUUUUAAAAAUCAGUGUGUUUGUUAACCAUGUGUAUCAUAUGAGCUUAUGGGAUUAUAUUUUUCUUACUUAAAGAAGGGAAUCUCUUUUUUAGAGUCCUGUUUUACAUUUUUUAGAAUUUUAGAGUUUGGUUUGGAGAGGUAAUUGGUCUGUUAUCACCACAUUUAUCUAAUAUUACUAUUCUAAAGACUGUGAUGCUGUGGGAUGUUGGUUAAGUUGCAUAAUUUCUCUGUGUCUGGUUUUCUUCAUCUAAAAUGGGGAAUAAUAAUAGAGCUCCUUUCCUAGGGUUCUAUUAGGGUGGCUGUAAGACAUUUGAAUAAAAAAUGGUUUUUAAGCAUGAAAGUCACUCAGAGUGGUCCACCUAAAAGGCACUCCUAAUAAAACUAAAUAAUUUUAAAUAAGUCACAUAUACAACCCAUUUCAUAUUAACAAAAAUCAAUUAAGAAAAUAGGAUAAUGAAAAGGUUGGAUUUUGGGGGGUGUUUUGUUUUUGACUUUUGAAUGUUUGUCAGUUAAGCAUAGGUUUCUCCAUAAUGAUCAUCAUCUGAUGAUCAUUAUGGAGAAACAUAUGCUCUUAUAUUUCCAGUGAUUCAGAACAAACAUUGCAAAGAUUGCUGAAGUACCUGCAAAGGACUGUUUUGUUUGAAAUACUAUGAAACUACUCUGUUCAAAUUGGCAGGAAAGAGGAAAAUCCACUUCUUAAAAAAGGCACUAAUUCUAAAGCCCUAUGAAAAUUACAUGUGCCUAAGAGUCCUCCUGUCAAGCCCACUUUAGCUGCUCUCCUAGCUUGUUUUGCUAAAGAAUAGCUUGCCUCAGAGGCAAGCAGUUGCUUGCCUGGGCCUUUAAGAAAGACUCUUUGGCAGUCACCAUGGUAACCUGAAUGCAGAAACUCUGGAGAGACUCCCAGCUUCACUCUUAGCUAUGGGAUUUGAGAAGUCACUCAAACUUUGAGUCUAGAUUCCUCAUUUGUAUGACCUGUAUUGAGGGGAUUGGAGGAGUCGACUUCAUAGUUUUGUUGUCAGAGUUAAAAGACUUGGCACCGAGUUAGCCCUCAAUAUAUGAAUGCCAGCUGCUGCUAUUAUAGGACAGGAGGACACCAUAGUUGGGAAUAAUCAUAGCUCCAGUCUCCACUUUCUCUACAGCUGACAACUUGCCAUGAUGUUCCCGUGCAUUUUCCCCAGGAGCUUGAUCAGUGUCUAACCUGUGAUGGCCUUUGGGAAACUUCAUGGCUCGUAAUAGUUUCCAGGUCUCUCAUUCUUGGUAGUCAGGAAGGUACACUGUAUCCAUAGGCAGCACAUCAGUGUGUGAUUAGUCUUAUGACUUAAAUGAAAAGCAGAUAAGAGUACUAAUAAGCCAUAUAUUGCCUCAGGAAGCAAAAAGGAGGCAAAAAUCUUAGAGAUUUCCCCUGCAAAAUGUUGCUUCAACAGAGGAAGGCAACAGAGAUCUGCCAUGAGUUGGGUGCAGUCUGCAUUUGUGGUUUCUGUGUAACCAUUUUCUGCUUUACUGGAUUCCCCAGUUUAAGACUGAGUUUUAUCUUGGUUCCCCAUUUUUUUUUUUUUAAGUGCAAAAUCUGUCUUUGACCACAGCUUUCCCUUUAGUCUCUAUCUCCCGCCUUUUCCUGGGCUUAAGAUUGAAAUCUCCACCCAGAUUUUGCCCUGGUCAACCCCUUAGGCAGUAACGUCCUGAGGACAAAGUGCUUUUCCUUCUAUGUGCCUAGAACUGUCAUUUUUUCUACCUCCGGGAAUAAGGAAGCUCUAGGAAGUUACGUGAUACCUGUGUAGAGCUACAGCUCUUAUCCAGUUCUUCUGUAAGACUUCUGUUACCCUAUUAUUUACUUUUAGGUCAAGACCCCUGUUACCCGAGUACUUUCAACUCAUUAUGGGUAAAGACAGAUGUCACGUUGCCACAUCCAAUCAGGCCUUCUGAGUUUCCUGUAUAAAUAGUGUCCUUCUAGUUACUUAGGCUUGAAGCUGAGAAUCCCCAGCUUCUCUUUCUGGUCUGCAUAGCACAUCCUAUUUUUUGCCCCAAGAUGCCAAACUUUCUGAGAAUUUUAGACACAAUUUCAUUCAUACAUUUUUUUUGCAUAUAGUCCUUUAAUGCCUUCCCAGUACAGCCAUGUAAGGCCUUCCUAAUAUAGACCGUUUGUGCUCUUACAAGAAUGAACAAGCUGAAUCAGCUACUCUUGCACAGGACAAGGCAUGGUGUAGUUGUUUCUUAUGUCCCUACAGGAAAUCUGCGCAGAGCUAAGAGGUUAGAACUGUGGAGUUCCCACUAAUUGUCUGCUCGCUUUCAGUUAUGUUAGGAUGCAGGAAUAAGGACGGAGCAAAAUGCUGUUUUUUUCACAGGUGACAAAAUUGUAGGGUGACCUUGCUGAGAUAUUUGCUUGCACUAUUUUUUAGCGUGUGGUUCACAGGUCAUCUGCCUCAGAAUCACCCAUUGUUUCUGUUAAAAUAAAGAUCCCUGUGGGACUUCCCUGGCGGUCCAGUGGUUAAGACUCCAUGCUUCCACUGCAGGGGACGCACGUUCGAUCCCUGGUCAGGGAACUAAGAUCCCACAGGCUGAGUGGCCAAAAAAAAAAAAAAAAAAAAAAAAAAUCCCUUAUUGAGUUGGAAUCACAGGGAUGACAGGCUAUUGGGAAGAAGUAUGGAAGGCUGCACUUUUUAAUAAGUUUCCCAGUCACUUUCACACUCUUUAAAGUUAGAACAAUGGAUAGGGAUUAGUAACAGGGUUUAGGUGAUUAUUUGGAAGUUUAUGAAACCAAAAUAUUUUGUUUGCUUCUUCAUAUCAGAUACAUUAUGCAAAAUGCUAGAAAUGUACCAAAGAGUUGAAACGCAGUAGUUUGUAAAUUUCCACAAUUUCAGUUAAUCAGCCGUUUCAGAAUGAGCUCUGUGCUCCAUGAUUCCUGCCAACCACAUGGAGCGGAAGUGGAGGCAUAGUCUUAAGGUAGAAUCGUGGGAUGAGGCCUCUCAGUAAACACUCAAUAAAAAUGAACUAAUUUUGCCACAUAAAUGCUGCUAGCCAAUAAAAUGCAUGCAAAUUUUGUUGCAUCUCUUCCCAGAACAAAUCAGGGUUGUCAACUCUCCAGAGACAAAUGGGACGAGGAGGAUCAGCACCAAGUGCAAUAGGUGACUCUGUCCGUGAAGUGGCAGAGAUUUGGCAGUGCUGUGCUGCCGUGUGGGAGCUGCGUCAGGUAGAGUGACAGGCAGUGCUCACUAGGUGCUCACGAUGGCUAGGAGCUUCAGAGGGCUUUAUGAAACAGGGAGGGGAUGUGGGGGAAGAGUCGAGACUUUCGCCUUAAGGAGUGUUCCCAUGGGAAGUGGGCCAACUGGAAAUUUUCUAAGAACCAAGGACAUGAGGUGAACCGACAGGGAGUGAAAUGGUCUGCAAGCCAGAGUUGAAAGGAGAGGAGUGGGGUCAACCUACAGAACUUGGAUGCAAAAUUACCAGUCAAAUCAGGCAAAAGGAAUAUAUCCUGAGACGGUAAGAUAAUGGCGCAAAGAUCCCACACACAUGCCAGGAUGUUUAUCUCAGUGGUGUGAAGUAUGUGGAUAACUGGAAAUAAGCUCAAUGUUCCAUGGUAGGAAAGUAAAUGAUUUACAUACAUUAUUGUGAUACAAGGUGCCAUAACUGAGGAUAACGAUGUAGUGACCAUGGGUACUG